AUGGUUUCUGGUCUUUCCAAACAGCUGGCCGUAUUUUGCAGCCGGUCGCAAUCUCAGGGAUACGUCAAGUCUGUCAGGAACGGCCUCGGCGAUGCGUGUCAAAUCACGAAUGCAGCUCUAGGAAAGACCGGGCAGAGCGAGAAGCUUUUCGCCAUCUGUAUCCUGGGUGUCGGUCUUAUGUUGCAGACAGUUUCUAUUUGCUAUGUUGCCAUUUACCUGGCCCAGGUCCCUGCCUCUGCCCACAUCGCCGACAGCGGGGCAGCUGCCGUUACAGGCUCGGCCAAACGCGCUGCCAUUGGCGGUAUCGCGGCUCUCUAUAUCUCCAGAUUUGGUUGGGCAAUGAGUUGGAACUCAUUCCAAUACCUGGUGAAUGCAGAGAUCUAA